UACGAUUUCCAAAACGAUGAUUCUUGCAGUUGCUGCUAGGGGAACGUUUGACAUAUUUGUAACAUCAUUUUUCAAAACUUCUGAAAUGCGUGAAUGUAUUCUUAUAUUUUUAAUGUGCAUAACUUUCGGUUUUAUUAUAUGUAAUGCUGAGUUUUCAACAGAAUCCACUAAAGCAUCAUUUGACUUCAAACAAACGAACGAAUGUGGAAGUGAAUAUGUAAUUUUGGGAACAUUGGAUGGAGUAUUAACUGCUUUAGACUUCUCAUCAGGGGAAAAAUGCUGGAGCACACUAUUAGACACUGGCACAUUUAUGUCAUCGAGUUUAUCAAACCUUGAAGUUUUUGAAGAUGGUAAUCGCAUAUGGCUUGUUCCAUCUUUAGAUGGAUCAUUAUUUAAGUAUGAUGGAGCAGUAUUGCAACCUCUUCCUGUCAAUGUGGAUUCUUUAUUAAUGCACACAGAAACCUUGGAUCAUAAUACAACUGUUACAGGUGGAAAAUAUAAGCAAAUGUAUGGCAUUAAUCGUCAGACAGGAGAGAUUCAUUACAAAUGUUCUGUAAAUGGCUGCGAAAGUUUUAAAAAAUGGUCUGCUGAUGAUGUUUUGGUCGUUGAAGCAGUUGUUCAAAGUGUGAAUGCAGUGGACUCUGUAAAGGCUGAAAAAAGAUGGCACUUCCGUGUUGUAGAGCUGGUUUUAAAAGGAACAGCUCCAGCAGAUUACAAUCGUGGUGCUUCAGAAAAUAAAGCCAGGGCUAGUUCUGAAAGCAAUGCACUGAUACCCACAAACAAAUAUUACAAUUUAGAUAAUGUAGAUACAGUCAAAAUCUCCUUACAUAAUGGCAUAGCUGGAAAGAUAGACCAAUCAACAUUAGCAUUUUCUUGGAUAUACAAGACACAUUGUCCUAUCAUUGAUGCAUGGUAUGUUAAAGAGGAAGUUGUUCAUCUUCUUGAUCCAUUUGAUAAUGAAUCUUCAUUUUUCUCUGUUGAUACAGAUGGUGGAAGGUAUUCUGCACUUCUCUUUUUAGGCUCCUAUAUGGACCAGUUAUUUGUGAAGCAAUCAAAGAAGCUUAAAAUCAAGAAUGUAUCUCAGAGGGCUUCAACAACAGAACUUGGAUAUCAAGCUUUUUCACUACCAGUAAUGAAGAGUAAUUUAGAUGAUGAUUUUAUAAAGUACAGGAUGUCUAAUGCUUUGAUGUCAACAAACACUAAUUUUAAUGAUUAUGGAUAUUACUUUUUUGUAAAUUCCUCUGUGACUGAAAAUGCAACGCAUUGUUUUGUUGAUAAGAAAAAUUAUAAUUAUGAAGAACCAUUUGAUGAGUAUUAUUGGUUGGGAAUUAUUGCUAUGUCAUCAAUUUUUUGUAUUACAGUUAUACGUGUUGCUAUUGCAAAAUAUUAUCUGGACAAGAAAGAAUUUGUUAAUGCAAGUACCUCUUCACUAGAGUUAAUGUCUUCACCUGGGACAAAUGUCAUUGAAAAUAAGUCUUUUACUUCAAGGUUCCAAGAAGAUUUUGAACUAAUUACAGUACUGGGUAGAGGAGGAUUUGGAGUAGUCAUGGAAGUGAAGAAUAAGAUAGAUGACUGCUAUUAUGCAGUAAAGAGAAUACGUAUUCAUUUCUCUGGAAGAUCUAAAAUGUAA